AUGGCCGAACACCCACAGCGCAACAGGAAGCGAGUCGCUGACCUCGCCUCAGGAUUCCCCCACGUCCCAGCUUUUGACGGUGAGGAAUCCCUCGACAAGUCCCAAAUUGCUUCAGAAUUCAUCAAAGAAUUUUCUUCUGCUGUUACUUGUGCAGACUGGGAUGGAUUCGCCAACCUCUUUGUCGAGGAUGCUUGGUGGAGGGACGCGCUUACUCUCACCUUUGACAAACGUACGAUCCAUGGUCGAUCUGCGAUACAGUCAGCAUGGAAGACUCUGUCAGAGAAUCACAAGCGCAAACCCUCAGAAUUCUCGGACAAUCCAGCGGCAAUUUGGGACAUGACUCCCCAGUAUAUGCGCUUUGGUCCUACACUUGCUUGCUUGGAUUUGCCUUUUGGGUUCUGCACUGAAGAGCCGCGCUCCAAGUGCGUUGGUCAAGCCAAACUCGUCCACGUAGAUGGGAAGUGGCUCAUCUGGAUACUGAGUACAGCCGUCCAAGAACUUAUCAACCAUCCAUUUGAGCAACUGCCUCGCCUGUCCAAGUCUUCAAUUGACAGCUCUCAACGAGGCAAACCAUCUGCUCAGGGCCUACCACAUAUCUCGGGCGUGCUUGACGCUGUCGUCAUUGGAGGAAGUUCUAGCGGCUUGGCCAACACAAUCAUGCUCGACUCUGCUGGUGCUGAUGUCGCUGUGUUUGAUGUAGAGCUUGAAGCGGGUGGGAAUUGGUCGACGUCGCGAUACUCCAGUGUUGUUCUUCAUCACAAUAGAAGCAUGGUUCAAUUGCCCAUGUUUCCCAUCCCGUCUGACGACUACCCGGAAUACAUGGGAGGCAAAGACUUGACGAGAUACAUGUCAUCUGCAGUAGAACAGCUCAAGCUUCCAUUCUUUGGGGGUAUACAAGUCAUCGGGAGUGUCUGGUAUGAAGAUGCUCAGGCUUGGACGAUUGAUCUCAAAGACAUUCAAUCGGGCAACACAACCACGAUCAAAGCCAAGAACCUCGUUCUGUCCAACGGCUUUCUCAUCUCAAAGGCAAACACUUAUAUCCCACCUCUCGAAGGUCAGGAACAGUUCCACGGUCCAGCUCAGCAUACUUCCGAGUAUCGCGACGCGACCCUGUACAAAGACCUUGAUGUAGUUGUCGUCGGGUCCGGAAACUCUGCGCACGACGUGGCCAAAGACCUCGCCCUCAACGGCGCAAAGAGCGUCACCAUGCUACAGCGAAGUCCGACGACACUGUUGGACUUUGACAUGUUUAUUUCUGUCGUUUCGAUGCGUUACCAGGGUCAAAUGCCUGUUGAAGCAGCAGACUUUCAUGAAAACUCUCUACCUCUGGGAGUCAUGCGCGACAUGGCCAGUGGGUUGAUGACAUCCCUCGCUCAAACCAUGGAACCGCGUCAUAAACUCCUCCAGGAAAAGGGCUAUCAGAUAGAGAAGCAGGUUUGUUUGCCCUGUAGAGCAUUUGAGGAACGUGGGAGGUCCAUUUACAUUGAUCAAGAAAGAGUGUUUGACCUGGUCUUGUCAGAUCGCAUUCGGAUUGCCAACGGCGAAGCAAAGGGACUGACAGAGCAGGGACUUGUCGUGUACGACAAAGCUGAAGACAAGUCAAAAACUAUUCCAGCCGGAGGUAUAAUUUUCGCUACAGGCUACAGGAAUGAGGAUUUGCCAAAGAAGUAUGCCGAUGCUGGUUUUAUCGACAAAGAAUCGGCAUCUCAUCUUGAGAAUGUGAGCGUACCGAGCGUUGACGACGAGGGCGAGCCUCCUGGCUACGUGACAUAUUCCGGUCAUCCUCAUCUUUACUUUGCCGGUAUUGGAUUCUGGAUGUGUCGAUGGAUUAGUCGCUAUGUCGCUGUGCAGGUUAUGGCAGAUGUCAAGGGCGCAUUCCCUGAACGCUACGCGCGAGGUUGA